ACGCUCUGUGAUAUGGCGUGCGCAGCGCAGCAUCCGUCCGAUCUUACUGCCCAAGGAGCCUGUCUUCUGGGAGCUAUGUCGGCCUCGGGUGUCAACCAGUGCCGCGAUGAUAUCAAACCGCCCAACUAUGAGCGCGUCAUCUCAGGCAACUGCCGCCACAUCUGCUAAGCCUUGAAAUAACGAAGUCUCGUACCCGCCCAGGAACGUGAAGGCGCACAACAUAUGGUUGCUAGCUUUCCAAAACGACCAUGCCGCACUAGACACGAGUCAACAUGUGAAGCGCUUUAACGCCCAGUUGGCGGUGCGUUUGAGAUGCCACAACGCGGUCAGUUCUUGUUUGUCCCGAGACGGUCGGUCGACGUCCCUUGACAGUAUCGUGGGUUCUAGCCAUUCGCAGGCUAUCUCGCCGUAUCCUCA